AUGCCUGAAGGAAACUGCACUGCCCUGACUGAGUUCAUUCUCCUGGGUUUCACAGACCGGCCUGAGGUGGAGAUUCCUUUGUUUGGGCUCUUCCUGCUCAUCUAUGGCACCACCUUGGUGGGGAACGUCUGCCUCGUGGUGCUCGUCCGGCUCAACGCCCACCUUCACACCCCCAUGUAUUAUUUCCUGAGCAAUUUAUCCUUCCUAGACCUCAGCUGUUCCUCGGCCAUCGCUCCCAAGAUGCUGGUGAACCUCUUGUCCCAGCACAAAGCCAUCUCUUCCCUGGGCUGUGGGAUGCAGAUGUUCCUCUUGGCCGCCUCCAUCGACGCCGAGUGCCUCGUUCUGGCCGCCAUGGCCUACGACCGCUACGUGGCUGUUUGUCACCCUCUCCUCUACCCUGUGGCCAUGUCCCACGGGACCUGCACCUCCCUGGUGGCCGGGGCGUUCCUCAGCGGGGCUCUGACCUCGCUGGUCCACACGUCCCUCACGUUCUCGCUGCGGUUCUGCGGCUCCGGCCGCAUCGACCACUUCUUCUGCGACAUCCCAGCCCUGCUGGAGCUGCCCCGCUCCGACACGCGCCUCAACCGGGCCCUGCUCGUCACCCUGUGCGGCCUCAUCCAGACCAGCACCUUCCUGAGCAUCGCCCUGUCCUACACCUGCAUCCUCAGCACCUUGUCCCGCAUCCAGGUGACCGACAGCAGGCACAAAGCCUUCCACACCUGCAGCUCCCACCUGACAGCCGUGGGGCUGUUCUACGGCUCCCUCCUCUUCACCUACCUGAAGCCCAGCUCCAACCACUCCCCCCUGGGCACAGACAAAGCUGUGUCUGCGCUUUACACUCUCGUCUUCCCCAUGCUGAACCCCCUGAUUUACAGCCUGAGGAACAAAGAGGUGAAGGAUGCCCUGAGGAGGACACUGGAGAGGAGGGUCUUUUCUCAGGGGUUUCUUAGGGUGCGUUUCCAGGGCGAAACACAAUAA